CCGUUAGGACCCUAGGAUUGAUGCCACCAGGGGGCGACUCAAUUAAGAGACCGGGCUCUCGUGCCGAGAAAUGGUCUUUCGCUCAUGGCUGCAGUCGAGGGAAGGCUGAUGAUGGCAGCUGAUUCACCGAGGGGAAAGCGGAGGUAUGCAGAUGCAAACCCACCAGGAAUGGCCACACCCAAAUCUAUCUGUUUCCAGUUUUAUGCCCUUCCCUGUCCUGCAACUGUGACUCCAAAAGAAGAUGAAGAGCUUAAGCUUCGUCAGGCAGGGCUCGGCAUGAGAAGGGUGUCAUUGCCAGAAGAUGCAGAUCAUGUGCAGAUAGCUGACACACUCUGCACUGAGUACCCUAAAAUCCAUACACUCAAGGGCUCCUGGAAUUUUUACAAAGCUGCAGGGGGAAGAGGAAGAAGGCGGCUAACAAUAGUCAGCCCCCAGGUGGAGGGGUAUACAGCCUCACAGCUGAAGAGAGCAUCAAAUAGCGGGAGAAUCAUGUUGUACAUAGUCCCAUUACGAGGCGUAUUAGAUGAUACCCCCAUCGCCAAAAGAACCUUGGUAUUUCCAAAUGGAACCUGUGGAAUUUGUGACCAGACAGUGCCAUUAUCUCUUUUGGCCUCCCAUGCUGAAAAAUGUAGAGAAAAAAGUAGAGAAGACAUUGAAGAUGAGUACCAGGACACAGACGAAGAGUGUAUGUAUGACUCAUCAAAUUCUCUCACGUCCACAAUAUCCACAUCCAUGGAGGAUAUGAAUGCGUGGUCCACCUCUCCGUCAUCCUCAUGGUCUUCCUCCCCCGUCUGUUGCGUGGGUAUUCAUACAAGCAUCCAUGUCCAUAAUAAUGCUGAAGCCCCGCUUCCUCAGCAGCAGUGCAGUAGUACAACAGCAAGCACAUCAAAGGUUGCACCAGAGAAAGACUGGAAGACUGUUGUAGAUCCCAGAAGAGCCUUUGAGCUUUUCACCCAGGAGCUCCUGAAGAACAAGAAUGGGGAGAAUAAAUUUGUAGUGGACUUGAGGAAAGACAAGGAAGAACAGGACUGGUCCUACAUGAGCUUCUAUAAACGCAACAAUGUGGAGUGGGCAUUGCCAUUGAGAUGCACACUUGAAGGUGAUAUUGCUCUAGGAACAGGUGUUAACCGACAUGUUAUGUCAACACUGAUGCAUAAGCUGAGAACUGGUUUUCUCCGGGAUUUCGCAAACGGUCCAAUCACAAAGAUUUUCGAGGGUCAGCCAGAUCACUUGGUGCCUGUCAACUCUUUUGUGAUGGUGGAGAGUGAGCUCUUCCUCAUGGCGGGCCGAAUGUUGGGACAUUGCUUUUUGUAUGGCGGCCCUGGUUUCCCUGGUCUGAGCCCAGCCAUCAAACAUGUUCUGUGCGGUGGCUCCAUGGACACUGUCAAAGUCACACCUGAAGACUGUCCUAAUUUGGACAUCCGUGACACCAUCCAACUGUUGGCAGGAAAUUCAGAACUCGUAGGUGCACAACGCGACAGUGUUGUCCGUCUUUGCAUGGCGUGGGACUUACCGCCUCCAACUCCAACCAACAGGACAUGGCUCCAUGAGAAGAUGCUCCUGCAUGCGGUCCUGGAGCGAUCAGAUAAACAAGUGAAGCAAUUACAAAAGGGACUGAAGGAGAUUGGCAUCUGGCCUCUUCUGUCCAGUAGAGAGGAUGUGGUCAAGUUGCUUUUCCCUUGUGAGAAAGAGGCUGAGGUCACACCUCAGAUGAUUCUUUCAAGCAUUGCAUGGCCUCCACUGACUCCAGAUUCUGAGGAUGAUGACUAUGACCUCUCUAUUGAGGCCAUUGCACGGAUCACAACUUACUUCAAGAUCUUUAUUGGGCAUGCCUCUUCAGAGCAGCUGAAAGAACUGCUGUGUUUCUGGGUGGGCUGGGAAGUCCCGCCCCAGAAGCUGAUUGUGAGGGUGGACGGUGGUCGCUUCCCCAGGGCCUUGACAUGCAGUGAGACUCUAAGGUUGCCUGGCCAUUACACCACCUACAAAGAGUUUGAGUCUGACUUGGUUGCUGCAGUUAGUACCUAUGACACAGGGUUUGGUCUCGUGUAAGUUCUCGAGGGUUACAUUUUAUGAAGUCUGCCCUCAGUAGUUCCUUAAACAGUGUUAACAGUGUAUAUCACAGAUAUUAUAGUAAUGACAUUACUUGCACACCUGUUUGUAUGGUUCAUCUAUUUGUUUUUAUGGCUGAGUUCACUGUCAAAUUAAAUGUUUAGCAUUCAAA